UGCCAGUGCCUCCUCUAUCGUGUACCUCUCACUUUCCUCCUCGCUCGCGAAAAGAACCGACAGACAACGAAUGCGAAGGACGAGACUUACGUCCUUACUGCUUCAAAAGAAGUGCUUUUACAGUAGCUGCGAGUGGUGGAGGUGCUUAAUCAAUGGAACAGUUGACAGAAGACGGCGGGGUGCUGAAGGAGGUGGUUCAACCUGGUGUGGGCCUACUGAUCCCUGAAAAUUGCACCAUCAUCUUCCACUACAAUGCCUAUGUAAGUGACAAUGAGAGUGAGCCCUUCGACUCUUCCUGGCUGCGGAACCAGCCUCAGAGAUGCAGUCUCGAAGAGCUGAUGGUCCCUGGUUUGGCAGUGGCAGUACGAAGUAUGCGUCGAGGUGAACAGUGCCGUGUAGUCAUCUCACCUAAAUAUGGGUUUGGUGAUCUGGGUUGCCGACCUCGCAUCCCGCCACAUGCCACUCUGCUCUAUGAGUUGACGCUGCUUAAUUUCAUAGAGAUCGAGUCUGAUGGCGACAUGGAUGGUUUGGAGCGUGAAGACUACAGGGAGCUUCCCUUUAAUGUUGUGUAUGAGAUGUGCUGCCGCAAGCACCGAAAUGGAAACCGCUUCUAUGAUGCUGACGAAUAUGCAAGUGCAGCACGCUGCUAUGCUGCGGCCACCAAAGUUUUGGAGUGGACACAGGAGAAUGCGGACAGCAUGGACCGCCAGCGUGAGCUGCUCUUGAAGCUCUACACCAACCAAGCACAGUGCGCACUGCGGAUGCGUAAUGCAAAACUGGCAGUGGCCAGUGCGCGGCGUGCACUCCAGCUGGACCCCGAUUCUGCCAAGGCGCUGUACCGGUGCGCGGUAGGGCUGCGCAUGCUCGGAGAGUUUGAGGAGGCGGCUAAGCUGCAGCGGCGAGCCUAUGCUCUGAUGCCCAACUCGUUGCCGAUAGAGCGCGAGCUCUGUGCUCUCAACAGAGUCCUCUUCAACCAGAAGCAGGAGGUCGCUCAGCUAUGCCGCGACAUGAUGCGUGCACUGGGGACUGACGGCAGAGCCUGUGAGGAGCGCAAGGCCAACCGGAGGCGCCUGCGCCUGACCACUGAACAGGCUGUGGAGCCACUCACCCGUCACAUGAUCCGCAAGGCAGUCGAGGCACUGGCUGCUGCAGAACCUGGCACCGAGCUACCGUUCGUUGACGACUUCAGCAAGGAGGAACUGGCAUAUGUGCAGAUGCUGUGCGACGACCUGGGUCUCUCCUGUCGUGAAGUUGACGGUGGGCUCAAGGCACACCAGACAGCACUGGUCCGCGACAAUUUCGGAUGCACCUGAAAAGUGCGUCAUGUGCAUUAACACAUCGCUAAUAGAUUGACAUUACAAUGAAGCUGGAAAUACUAAGUGAAAUAAAAGAAGCAAUAGACGUAAACUCUGUGUAGUGUCGGUGCAUAAUUUUAAACUGAUACUGCUCAAACAGUGCAUUGCUCGCUGCUAAACUUUUGAGGUGCAGAACAGCUAGAUUACUUAAGGAAAGGACUUCAAAUGAGUAGCAUGUGGAAAUGUAAUUUUCGUUGUCAAUGUACUGCAGGCAAGAAGAUGAUGAUAGUGGGUCUUGGAAGACACAUGCUCACUCAUCCAUAGCUUUGACUGCCUUUUACGAAAUCUGUUGUGUAGCUUCACUGAGAAGUGGCAGCAGACCAACACUCUCGUUAUAUCAGUUUUUCCUAGGGCCAGAUGCUCCAAUAUCAUGAAACUGUUGAUUUCAAUUGAAUACAACGGACUUUCAUAGCUCAUAUGAAUGGGAAGCACUUGAAAAAUUAACCAUCUCUGAAACAACUUGCACAAAUGGGUAAGCACUACCAGCUAAGUUGAGAUAAAGAUUAACAGCAGACUCUUAGACCUACCACACAGUUAUCAUUUGUAUCUGUGCUUGCCUUGUAAACUUGGAAUAUCAAAAGCUGUUAAAUAUUAAAUCGUUCAUGGAGUUCAAAUCGAAUUGCAGGAACUAUAUUCAAUUUGUGCACAUUCCUAGUUUUUAUAUCCAGGCUUUUGCCAGAGAAUCCAGGCUUCUACACCAGUUGAAGAUCCUGCUCCUCGUAGUGCAGCUUCUCCUUUCCUUGUAUUAGGUAAAAGAGCCAUCUCUUCAAAAAUGUCAAGCAUGUCACACAGUGGCAGGCUUGUAUGUAACUAUUUUGCUCUGUACGUAAAUACUCUGCUCAACUUGCUAUAACUUAAAGGGGUGCUGACAGUAUCUUAAUUUUUUGCAUUGUGUGACAGUUCUGCAACUCAAAACCCUAGAAAAAGUAUGCAGGCCUCAGAAUUCCCUAAAUAUACUAUAACAGCUUUUCUAUGGCCAGGCUCGGUUAGGUGAUGUAUGUGUUGUGACGUCAUAACACAGAUGGUCGUCACGUGAGAGCAGCACGGUGUGACGUUAUGGCACCUGCGCGGCCGCCCAUCAUGCUACUCUAUCGGGCCAUGCAAUGAGUGGCAGCAUUGUGGAUGCCCGAAUGAGCUGGAGUAAUUGCAAAAACGUAACGAUGGCCUGCUUUCAUGUGACCACACCUUCAGCGUCAUGACGUCAGGACACAUAUACAGAUCCUGGGAAAAGGACAUCGAAACUGGCCAUAGAAAAGCUGGUUAUUGUAAAUUAUUUAGGGCACGUGAUGUAACAACAACAGUUGCAAAGUUCAAAUAAAGAUUUUCAUCAAGUAAAAAAAGAA